AUGCAUAUUUGGACAAUCUGCGCGUACGUCGGAGUUUUCUUCGUAAUAAUUACAGAGGUGUACGCAACAAAUGGCAAACUGCAAUGGAGCGAAUUCGAAUCAGCUGCUAUGGAUUUCAAUAAAUUUGACAAGGAGCCCGUCGUGGGACUUCAUCUCGCGUUAGCUGGCGAUACCAGCGUAGUUGUUUCCUGGCUAAAUACUGGUCACUUUGUACCCGAGUCUCAACCGCCAAUCUGUGCAUACGGCCAAAUAGCUGACGGUUUCCAAGCCAUCUCUACUGGUAAAGCUUAUACGUACACAGCGGGUGAUUUUGAUUCUAUUUUAAAUAAGGUCGAGAUCGAUAUCGCUAAAAUCGGUGUAAAACAGGGAGAUAGGGUGUAUUACAGAUGUUGUAACCCGAAUCUUGGGGGAUGGAGUCCAUCGUACAAUUUUACUCUGUUCACCGGGGAUGUUAGUACACUAUCUAACUUUAAAUCCCAACGCAGUCCAACGUCCAGAAAAAGUGCAAAAAUCGCCUUGAUGGCUGAUCUUGGAGUGGGCAAUGGAAGAUACACAGCAUACAGUAUUAGCCAGUACGUUCAAAACGAGGCAAUACAGUUGGUUGUACAUGCCGGUGAUAUCAGUUAUGCAGAUGAUUUUAGCUUAAUCCAACAUAACAAUUCGUUUGUCUGGACCGAGUAUUUUGCGAUGAUACAACCAUUCGCAGCCUACGUCCCAUAUAUGGUCGGCCCUGGCAACCAUGAAGCUCAAUUUGAUUUCGCCGCUUAUAAAAACUGGUUCACAAUGCCCUACAACAUCAGCCAAUCGAAAUCUCAGUUUUAUUACUCCUUCGAUUACAUGGGAGUACAUUUCGUUGCCAUGUCAACCGAACACGACUUCACUCCCGGUUCAACUCAAAAUAUAUGGUUGGAAGAAGACCUGAUAAAAGCAAGUCAGAAUCGAGAGAAGGUACCGUGGAUUUUUGUUCACGGCCAUCGACCUCUCUAUUGCAGUAGUAUUGUCGACUGGCUACCGAGAUGUAUUACAGAAGCGAAGACAUACCGUGCUAACAUCGAACACUUACUAUACAAAUAUAAAGUAGACAUCUACAUGGCUGGUCAUAACCACCAAUAUGAGAGAUCAUAUCCUGUCUAUAAUGGAACAGUUAUAAGUAAGAAUUAUAUCAAUCCACAAGCCACUGUGUAUAUCGUUAACGGUGGUGCAGGUAACCCAGAAGGAAAUGAUAUAACGUUUAUGCCUGAAUCAUUCGUUCCUUGGCGUGCUAAAAUUGCAGACACUUCCCACACGGGAUGGAUGACAAUGGAUAUCACUGAGACAAUUGAGUUAUGUCUGAGGGCAUGUCCUGGGGAGGUUGAGUUAUGUCUGAGGGUAUGCCCUGGGAAGGUUGAGUUAUGUCUGAGGGCAUGUCCUGGGAAGGUUGAGUUAUGUCUGAGGCUAUGUCCUGGAGAGGUUGAGUUAUGUCUGAGGGUAUGUCCUGGGAAGGUUGAGUUAUGUCUGAGGGUAUGUCCUGGGAAGGUUGAGUUAUGUCUGAGGGUAUGUCCUGGGAAGGUUGAGUUAUGUCUGAGAGUAUGUCCUGGGGAGGUCGAGUUAUGUCUGAGGGCAUGUCCUGGGGAGGUCGAGUUAUGUCUGAGGGUAUGUCCUGGGAAUGUUGAGUUAUGUCUGAGGGUAUGUCCCGGGAAGGUUGAGUUAUGUCUGAGGGUAUGUCCCGGGGAGGUUGAGUUAUGUCUGAGGGUAUGUCCUGGGGAGGUUGAGUUAUGUCUGAGGAUAUGUCCUGGGGAGGUUGAGUUAUGUCUGAGAGUAUGUCCCGGGGAGGUUGAAUUAUGUCUGAGGAUAUGUCCUGGGGAGGUUGAGUUAUGUCUGAGAGUAUGUCCUGGGGAGGUUGAGUUAUUUCUGAGGGCAUGUCCUGGGGAGGUUGAGUUAUGUUUGAGGGUAUGUCCUGGGGAGGUCGAGUUAUGUCUGAGGGCAUGUCCUGAAAAGGUUGAGUUAUGUCUGAGAGUAUAUUCUUGGGAGAGUGAGUUACGUCUAGGGUUAUGUCCAUGGGAAGUUGGUUUGGUCAGAGGUCCUUGA